AUGGCGUCCUUUUUUCUUUCGUUACUGCGCGCAUGCGCGUGUUCAUGUCUCUUCCUCUUCUUGCACGGCGCUUCCGCGUACGUCAGUAGCGCUACGGUUUCGAGCACGAUUCUCAUUGUCGCGCGCGACACGACAUCGGCUGAGAAUGGCGCAGCAGCCGGUCUUCGUGGCUACGGCAUACCUUUCGAGAUUCUCACUGUUCCUCAGGCCGGCAUCGCAAACCUUCCUGUGCUCAAUUCCUCUGGCACGCAUGGCAACUACGGAGGCAUUGUCGUAUUGAGUGAAGUGGGUUACAACUAUGACAGCCAAUACUACAGUGCUCUUACGAGGAGACAAUGGAACGACUUGUACGCGUACCAAAUUAACUUUGGGGCGCGAAUGGUUCGCCUUGACGUCUUCCCAACGGCCGACUUUGGCGUUUCCAGUAACGGUGGCAAUCUGAACAACGAGCCAGUGUCUUUUACCAAUAUUACCGGCUUUCCCACCGCUAGCCUUAAAACAAACGUAGGCGUCAACAUCGCAAACAUCUUCCAUACUCCUGCAACGAUCACAAACUCGUCAAUAGCAUGGGAGGUAGCACGAUUCUCGACAACUGGCACUGCUGCAGUCAUCAAUCAAAUUGGAGCUCGCCAGCAGAUGGCAUGGUUUUUGCCAUUCGCGCUAGAUUGGGCCGCCGCGAGCAACAUUCUUCAACACGCAUGGAUUACAUGGAUUACGAGGGGCCUCUAUGUUGGCUUCAGGAGGACGUAUCUCAACACACAGGUGGACGACAUGUUCUUGGAGACCCCCAUGUACCGACCGCAGGGCCAAAACUAUCGCGCCAAGCCAGAUGAUCUCUCUUUGCAUGUUGAUUGGCAGACGACCUUGAACGCGAAGAUGCCGAAAGGCUCAGAGUUCUUUAUCGAAAUCGGCCAUAAUGGCAACGGUGAUAUCGAGGCAUCUACUGAUACUACCGAGGGUGCGUCAAUCUGCACUCCGAACACUGGUAUCGAAUACGCCGAACAAAAGGACGGUAGUCCAGAAUAUAUGAAGCCACCAGGGACUGGAACGGACAUCUGGCCUGCUACGCCUACCAAGUAUAGCUGGAGCCUUGAGUGCGUUGAGAUUGAUGAGCUUCAAAAUUGGUUCACAGAGGAGGAAAAUCGCGAUGCGUUCGCACACGUCUCGCACACCUUCUCGCACGCCGACCUUACAAAUGCAACAUACUCAGACACAGCAAAAGAGAUUAUUUUCAAUCAGGCCUGGCUGAAACAGGUCGGUCUCGAUGCAGCGAAACGCUGGAGUGGGAACGGCAUCAUUCCGCCCGCCAUUACAGGUCUCCAUAAUGCAGAUGCCAUCAAAGCUUGGUUAGACAAUGGCAUCUCGAAUGUUGUCGGAGACAACACACGCCCACUUCUUCGAAACCCUUCAAACGCAUUCUGGCCUCUAACCACUACAGUGGAAUCAAACGGAUAUGCUGGGUUGAACGUCGUGCCGCGAUGGGCGACACUCAUCUACUAUAAUUGCGACCUUCCAGCUUGCACACUGCAGGAGUGGAUUGACACGUCUGCUGGCAAGGGCACUUUUGAUGAUCUCAUGACCAAUGCAAGGGACACCGCUAUGCGCAACCUGUUUGGGUUACAUUGGGAUGCGUACAUGUUUCACCAGGCCAACAUGCGCGUCAAUGAUGUUCCAACUACAUCCGUGAAUGGCAAGCGAGGACAGUAUUCUCUACUUAUGACCUGGACCGAGGUAAUCACUGCUGAGAUAAUGCGCCUCACCACAUGGCCGUUGAAGACCCUUAAACACGAUGACCUCGCCCAAGCAUUCCUCAACCGCCAAACACGUGAUCUUUGUAGACCUAGCAUGACGUGGACUACCUCCGCCAACGGCGACAGCAUUGAAUCUGUCAACGUCUACACAGCGGGUGGCAAUAACUGCAAGACAACGAUCCCUAUCACUGUACCGGCCGCUGUGUCAUCGACGACUGGUGCAACGAAGGAGCAGCUUGGUAGCGAUCCUCUGACAUUAUGGGUGACGAUGAGCGGCGCAAGUCGGAACUACAAGUUUACAACGGCUGUUAAACUAUGAUUGAGCUGGCUGAGCCAAAAGUUAUGCAUCCAGAUCUUUGUACGUUCACUGUAUAUAAACAAGGCUUACUGGGACUGUACAUAGAGGGAGUGCUUCAUGUGUUGAUAGUCCCAGUGGAUGCUUGAAAAUCAUUAGCC